CGAAGCGACGGCUUGCACUCUCCGAGCCGGGGAAGCCGCGGUAGCGAACCGGGUCCGCCAGCAGCCGAACGCCGCCGGGACAUGCUCGCAGCCUGACUGACCGCAGGUGGCCGCCGCGCCCGGGACACGAAUGAAGAAACAGCUGCUCCUCCUGUUCACACACCGGGGACUCGUCAGCCGAGGGGGCCGCAGGGGGAAGCGUCGCCGAAAAUGGCCUCGUUCAGCAUCCGCGCCGCGCGUCCCGAGGACUGUCCCGAGCUGCUGCGACUGAUCAAGGAACUGGCGAAAUACGAGGACAUGGAGGACCAGGUGGUGCUAACUGAGAAAGAGCUGCUUGAGGAUGGUUUUGGCGAGCACCCUUUCUACCACUGUCUGGUUGCAGAAGUGCCUAAAGACCAGUGGUCGUCUGAAGAAACAUGCGUUGUGGGCUUUGCCAUGUAUUACUUCACUUAUGAUCCAUGGAUUGGAAAACUGCUGUACCUUGAAGAUUUUUAUGUGAUGGCUGAGUACAGAGGACUUGGUAUUGGGUCAGAAAUUCUGAAAAACUUGAGUCAGGUGGCUGUGAAGUGCCGCUGCAGCAGCAUGCACUUCCUCGUGGCCGAGUGGAAUGAGCCCUCCAUCAGGUUCUACAAGAGAAGGGGCGCCUCGGAUCUGUCCACCGAGGAGGGCUGGAGGCUCUUCAAGAUUGACAAGAAGUAUCUCUUGAAGAUGGCAGCAGAAGAGUGAGAGAUUAUUCCAGCAAAUAAAUGUUUUCUGCGAAUAUAUGUGCUCUCUGAAUAAACUUCUUGCUUUCUGUGUAUGUACAGUUUGUAGUGGAAUAAAGUAGUGUGGAUGCUAAUAAUGACAGUGCAGGUGUGGUUAUAGAGUAAUGGUACUGUCAUCUGGAACUGAGGCAUCUGUGAAGUUCAGUAUGUGCUUGUGUGCAUCCUUUACCAGUGUGGGCUUGUAAUCCCUGUAUAUGGAGACUUCAUUCUUGUAAGUGUCAUUCAAAUGUGUACAAUGUACACACUGGUAGGGUUUGUUUUAAUUAUUGCCUUUUAUAAAAAUAAAAUAGUGUUUUCACUUCAUGGCAGUAGUUUUGACUUCAAUUCUCACAUAAAGUUUUCCAUCAAAUAACAUUCAGAUUAACAAAAGACUAGAUUGGUGUCA